ACGUUAUAUGUUGCAACUAUGAUUUGUUGUACGUAAAUUGAACGAUACGUUGUAGAACCUAAAUGAUUUGUGGCAUGUAUCAUUUUACGGCUUAAGGAAUUCCGAGUAUGUUUCUGGAAAACGUGCUAUAUAUGAUUAACGUUGUAAACAAAGAUGUUGGUUUAGUCCUGGUAAUGAGAAGUAUAUGUAAUUUUCUUGUUUUGUAUCAUCUUUUUAUGGUGGAAUGGUCAGUCUUAACAGAGAUUUAAAUACGUCAGGUAGUACUUCCUCAAAAUGUGAUUCUCAUACAUAUUGACUAAAAAUUUAUUGAAUGAAGCAAUUACUUAUAAAUAUACAUUUAUUAGGGAGCUGUAUUUUUUGAUUCGCCUUAUAACAUGGAUGAAGAAGACCCUCAUCUACACGUAUUAACUUCUGAAGAAGUAUAUUUUAAAAAAUUGGAUACUAUACCAAUUGUGUCUGUUUCCCUUAUAUUUAGCGUGUGUCUAGAAAUUAUUGGGAUUAUAUUUAUAUCUGUGUGGCCUGAAGAAAAAAAUAAAUGUGAUACAUAUUUUAUAUACUUGUAUCUUCACUGUGCAUACUGGCUGAUAAUUAUGUUGACAGAUCAUUUUGUAAAAGCAAAGCAUCAUAAACUCCGUAUUUAUGGGUAUCUUGAUUUUUAUCGAUCUACAUAUCAACAGAUAAGAACACCUCUUUUCAUAGCGUCAUUAUGGAUAACAUGUUAUCUAUUAUUGGCUGUGAUUUUGCAUCACACGCAUAAAGUUAAUUACGAACAAUACUGUCAUGCUUCGGAAUGGUUCACUCCCCUAAAUUACAUAGUGUUGUUGACCACAGUAGAACUUACAAUUAUUAUAUCAGUUUAUAUACAUUACAUUAAAAAAGUUUCGCGAUUCAAUCGAUUACGUCCUCCAGCUGAUGUUGCUAGAGAAGAAUGGUCAUCUUCUUUUACUCAAGAUACAUAUGCCGGUAGCAGUGAAGUAGGUUGCUAUCAUAGGAGAUCUAAUUUGGAAGAAUUGCUUGAAAUGCAGGCUGAUUUAAUAAGAUAUUUAAGAGAUCGUAAUGAUAAAUUCGGUCAUGCAAUAAUGUUGUUCGCAGCUCAACGUAGUUUGCCUGAAACAUAGGGUUGUGACCUAUAUAAAAUACAAGCUCAAAGUAAAGCUUUCUCAUUUUUAUUCGGGGACUAUAAUUGAAAGAAACAUAUUUAUAUUUUAUGGAAUUCAACUUGUUUUUAUUGUUGAUAUCUCUUUCUUCUUUCUUUAUAUAUAUAGUUCUUUCAUUAUAUAUACAAUAUGUAUUGAAUACACUAAUUUUUAAUAGCAAUCAUAACCUGUUACAUUUUUACUUGCAUCUAAGGUGUGUACUAUGUAUUAAUAUUUAGAAGUUCUCAUACACUUUUGCAUUAAUUUACAUUAAUUUGAAUUGAAGUUAUAUUUUAUAUUGUUACGAUUAAAAGAGAUAUCGUAUAACAAGAAAUCAAAAAUAAUUUCUGUGAUAAAAAAUGUAUAUCUCCAAUUCAAUAAAGUAUAUUUUUUUUUCAAUA